AUGGAGGAAGAGGCAAGCGUUUGUCUGGGCUUUGCGUCAUUCCUGCCCGGCACUGGACAUUUGGGACCCCGAGCUCUUCCAGAGGUUUCUUCCAAACGCAAGGACUUCCGGAACUUCUUCGUGGUUUCGGAACCCAUCGACUCGUUAGAGGUCAUGGACUUCAUGCAGAGCUCCUUCGUGCGGGGCAGCACGGUCUCGGAGGCGCACGUGGCGAGUCUCCUCCGCCAGGUCUUGGAUGCGUGUGCCUAUUGCCACGCGCAGCAGCUGGGGCCCGUGAUGCACCGGGAUUUACAGCCAGAGGCCGUCUUGGUGGAAGAGAUCUCGAGAGAGGAUGGCGCUCGAGGCUUGAAGGCUUGGGUCUCGUGCUUCGGCUUGCAGCCCUUGUUCGACCUCCACGGCCUGGGUGGCUCUCUGCCAGCCAGUUGCUUGCCUCCUGUGAAUAGUGCGGCGCCGCAACUUGCUCCAGAGGCGUUGCCGUGCUCGACGGGUCCGGAGUUCUUGGCGCCGGAAGUCUGGAGUAGGGACUAUGGGCCCAAGUGUGAUGUCUGGUCCUGCGGCUGUCUCCUCUUCUUGCUCUUGACAGGUCGACCGCCCUUUCCUCCGAGGAAGUCGGUCUCUGAUCUGGUGGAUGCUAUUACCACUCAAGAGCCUGACUGGCAGCUCUUUCGGACCGUGUCAACAGCAGCACUGGCGCUGUGCAAGCGCAUGCUGGACAAGGAUGAGCUCACCCGUCCGACGGCCUCCGAUUGCUUAAGGCAUCCUUGGCUAUCUCCUUCAGCCAUGGAGCCCUCUCCCGAGCCGUUGCUGCCUGAGACCUUCAGUGCCCUUAUGCAGUCCCAUGCCCAGUCCAAGUUCUUUCAGGUGCUGAUGAAUGUGGUGGCUUCCGAGAUCAAGGUAGGUGGGCUCCGUCUCAUCCGGGCGGCCUUGCAACGCUACGAUCGGCACGGGAGUGGGUACAUCGCAGCUCCAGACCUGGAGGCCGUCUUCCACGAGCUGUCCGUCUCGGCGGCCACUUCGGAGCAGGCGCUCCGAGCGCUGGACGUGGCAGGCACGGGCCAGAUUUCAUACACGCUCUUUAUGGCGGGCUGUGUGGAUUUGGUCGAUGACAAGCUGGACCACAUGCUGUGGAAGGUCUUUAGUAUGGUGGAUGAAGAUUGCACGGGCGAGAUGGAAACGCUGGUGCUGGAGCAUUUCCUUCAAGGUGUACUGGUUGAUGAUGGUGCUGCGAAGCCCGAGUCGCGCAGCGGGCGAGGUGACGUGGAGAGGUACUUACAGGGCAUCCUCGACUGCGACCUAACGCCCGCGCAGGCGGUGGGACAGAUUGCGCCAGACCGCAGCUGGGCCACCUUCGAGGAGGUGAAGCAGUUCGUCCUCUUGGCGGCGGGCGACGGCCGUCCGUCCGCGCUGUGUCCGUCCGAGCGGCGGCCCUCGGAGGUGACGGUGACCACUGAGCAGGAUGGCACUCAGGCUACAACUGAGGAUCUCCAAGAGGGGCCGAAUGACGAGGCCUCCUUCGGAGUGCUUCCAGACUUGCCGGACUUCAAAGGCGAGGUGAAAGCCACCGGAGCAGCGCCGAGGAAGGCGAAGGGGCGUGUGGUACCGAGCCGCAUGGGGAAGCAACCCAAGCGACCCACCUGA